AUGCAUUAUAUUCCUGCAAAGGAGCAGGAGCAGGCGCAGGGCAGGCGCAGGGCGGGAGCAGUCAUAGGAGCAGGAAACGUUCUUGGCCAUGAGGAGCGCAGUGACUUGAUGUGUCUGAAUGAGAAUUGGUCAAGGUCAGGCUGGGCCUCGUCGACGGGUGAGAAGGGUGAGCGAUGGUGUAGGGGAGUGACUGUUGGGAAGGUGAAGUAUACCGUUCGAACAUGGACUGGUAACCAAGCAGGAGCCGAGACCACAGCAUCGGUUUUCAUCCAACUUCAUGGCACAAAGGCGGACGGCAGGCGGACACAACUGAGGAACGAUGGAGAAGUGAACUUCAAGCGCGGGCAGAUCGACACCUUCACCGUCACAGAGUUCGAUCUGGGCGAGAUCGAAUCUCUCACCAUCUCCCAUGACAACAGGAGCAACUUUUCGGCGGGCUUCGAGGCGGGAUGGUACCUGGAGCGGGUGGUGGUAGCAGCUGGCAACGUGGAGUGGGUGUUUCCCUGCCGCAGGUGGCUGAGCAAGGACAAGGAGGACGGGCAGUUGAAGAGAACUCUGUACGCGAGCUUCGCCGACGCUCAGAUCAAGUACAAGGUCAUCACCUUCACGGGGAACAGCCCAGAUGCCGGCAGCCGGGGGAGAGUCUUCAUCCAGCUUCACGGGCAGCGAGGGAGCGCUGGCCCCAUGGUGGAGCUGCGGAACCCUUCGCUGCACGACGUGUUCGAGCGGGGCCAGAAGGACCUGUUCAUCAUCAAGGGGAAAGAGAUCGGAGCCCUGUCGCACGUCUCCGUCAAGUUCAGCGCGGACGGAGGGAGAGGCUCCUGGCACCUGGACGGGAUCAUAGUCCGGAAUCUCCGGAGCAACCAGGACUUUCCCUUCCCUUUCGGACGGAAGGUGGCGAAUGAGGAGGUGACGACGGUGAACCACAGGGCAGGAGCGCAGAUCCAGUCCGGCGAAUCCUCGGCUGCCCGCCAGCUGGAGGAGAGGGCAGUCCAGCAGGCCUUGAGGCCCGCAAACAGGCCGCUGCUGCUGGAGGAUCACGACCCUUACAAGGGGAUGAUACAGCACCGGGAGCCGCCGUGCCGGUACGAUAUCACCGUGGUGACGUCGGACGUGAAGGGAGCAGGCACAGACAGCAACGUCUUCCUGCGCAUGUUCGGCUCCAAGAAGAACACCAUCUCCAUCCGCCUCUCCUCUCACGCCGUUCACACCACCCGCCUCUUCCUGAGGGGGCAGAGCGACCUCUUCACGCUCUUCCUGCCCGACAUCGGGCUCCUCAACAAGGUCUGCGUGUGGACCGACGGUCAGAACUUGAGUGACCAGGGGUCCACGUGGCACCUCGCCCAGUUGAAGGUCAGCAAGACUUCGCCGGCCAGCUCGACCCCGCAAAGUUGGACGUUCCCCUGCAACAAGUGCUUUGACCCCGACAAGGGGACGCUGAAGAUGGAUCUGAUCCCCGAGGGUCAGAAGUUGAGGCCUUCCAGCGCCAUGCGCGUCGUGCACGUGCAAGAGUCGCUGCACGAAGACGACGAGACGGUCAGGUACGAGGAGGAGAAUCUCAACCUGAGGGUUAUGCGCCGCCCGCUGUCUGCUCCUCGCACGACGGUCCUGUAUAACCACUCGAGCCGGGGUGGGGAGGAGCGGGGCAUGCAGCUCGUUGCGAGGACAAGUUACAAGGUCAAGGUGAAGACAGGAAACAAGCCGUAUGCUGGGACAGACUGUGAAGUCAUGAUCCGAAUCAAGGGAAGCGCGAGGGCCUCAGCAACGCAUCGCCUCUCCUCCUGCGUGGUGAGUCACGGCAGCCUCUUCCGACGAGGAGCGACCGACGAGUUUCUCAUCCCCGAGUGGCACCUGGGCGAUCCGCUCCUCCUGUCCAUCUGGCAUGACGCGCGAGGAAGUGAUCCGAACUGGUUCCUGGAGAAGGUCACGAUCAUCGACUCGGCGGGAAGAGAAUUCCUCUUCCCUUACAACGACUGGCUGAGUGCGACAGAAGGAAGCAGAAAGACCAGGGCAGAGAUCCCAGUCAAGAGAUGAGAAUGUACAUGUCUUUAACUGU